AUGAUGUUGACGACAUUGGUCGAGAACACAUUCCUGAGCGCUGUGUGCGGUGAGAUGACCGAGGAUGAAGCGGCCGAUCGCAUUGCUGACGUCCUCUGCGCCGCCAAUAUUGCU